GUGCUCCGCGAUCAGGGCCAUCUUUGGUCGUCCUCGCCGGUGACAGUGUGGACAGUAUAUUCUAUUGGUCAUUAAUGCCUCAUGAUUAAUAAAUAAUAUUCAACUUUGAAGAAGCCGUUAGAAGCACUUGGCGUGAGAAAAGGGAGCCGUUUCCCCGGUUUGUGGACUUCUUUCCUUCAAUACCCUUCAUUUCUCAAGGCAAAAAGAGGGCGAGACGGGAGAGGCGGUGAUACAACAUGGAUGAGGAAUAUGAUGUGAUCGUUCUGGGCACUGGACUCACAGAAUGCAUUCUGUCCGGGAUCAUGUCCGUGAAUGGGAAAAAGGUCCUGCACAUGGACAGGAACCCCUACUAUGGUGGGGAGAGCUCUUCCAUUACACCCCUGGAGGAGCUUUACAAGCGCUUUACUCUCCCAGAUAGCCCACCUGAGUCGAUGGGCCGAGGAAGGGACUGGAACGUUGACCUCAUCCCCAAGUUUCUCAUGGCCAACGGUCAGCUUGUGAAGAUGCUGCUAUACACAGAAGUGACACGGUACCUGGACUUUAAAGUAGUGGAGGGAAGCUUCGUCUACAAAGGAGGAAAGAUCUACAAGGUGCCGUCAACUGAGACCGAGGCGCUAGCUUCAAAUCUGAUGGGAAUGUUUGAGAAGCGAAGGUUUCGGAAGUUUUUAGUCUUUGUGGCCAAUUUUGAUGAGAAUGACCCCAAGACUUUUGAGGGCGUGGACCCCAAGACCACAACAAUGAGGGAUGUUUACAAGAAGUUUGACCUCGGCCAGGAUGUCAUUGACUUCACCGGCCACGCCCUGGCCCUCUACAGGACAGAUGACUAUCUUGAUGUUCCUUGUUUGGAGACGAUCAAUCGUAUCAAACUCUACAGUGAAUCGCUGGCACGAUAUGGGAAGAGUCCCUACCUCUACCCUCUGUACGGUCUGGGAGAACUGCCCCAGGGAUUUGCCAGGUUGAGUGCAAUCUACGGAGGAACCUACAUGCUGAACAAACCAGUGGAUGAGAUAGUGAUGGAAGGCGGAAAGGUGAUUGGAGUGAAGUCUGAGGGCGAGGUGGCUCGUUGUAAGCAGCUCAUCUGUGACCCCAGCUACAUCCCAGAUCGUGUCCGCAAGGCGGGUCAGGUGAUCCGUGUGAUCUGCAUCCUCAGCCACCCCAUCAAAAAUACUAAUGACGCCAACUCCUGCCAGAUCAUCAUUCCUCAGAAUCAGGUUAACCGCAACUCAGACAUCUACGUGUGCAUGAUCUCCUAUGCUCACAACGUGGCGGCCCAGGGGAAGUACAUUGCCAUUGUCAGCACCACAGUGGAAACCAGUGAGCCCGAGGCUGAGAUCGAGCCAGCUCUGGAGCUGCUGGAGCCCAUCGACCAAAAGUUUGUGGCUAUUAGUGACCUGUAUGAGCCCACAGAUGACGGUACUGACAGCCAGGUCUUUGCCUCAAGGUCCUACGAUGCCACCACCCAUUUCGAGACCACUUGCAACGACAUCAAGGACAUCUACAAACGUAUGACCGGGAGCGACUUUGACUUUGAGAACAUGAAACGCAAACAGAAUGAUGUGUUUGGGGAGGAUGAGCAGUGAGCGGUAGAUGGGGCUUCUGAGAGAGAGCGGGGCCGGAAAAAGGAGGUGGGGCCGAAAAGGGGGCUAAGAGGCGGCAGAGCCAGCGGUGGAGGAACCGGGGAUGCCUGAACAGUGCUUUAAAAACAAUUGGUGGGAGGGGGGAGAAGUGUGAGUGUGACGGAGAGGGUGUGUGUCCUGGGCUCUGCCUUUCUUCAGCCGCUCGCCUCCUUUUCCUUUUGUCUCUCUCUCUCUCUCUUGACACACAUUCAAACACAUAAGCGCUCACAAACACACACCAUACACGCUUUUCAAAUACUCACAUUCCCUUUCUCUGUCACUGAAAAGCAGGGUUGAUAUGGUCUUUCAUUCCAUUGUAGAAUUUACAGUAUAAUCAUGUCUUAACUAUUAUCAUUAGAGGUGAAUUUAUUACUUGUUGUUGGCGAUUUUCGAGGCAUCUCAUCUCUGUAACAUCUUUCUCAUAUCAGAGGUUGGCUGGGUGGAAGAUCGGCACUGAGAGGUGUGAACCGCGAGCUCUGACAUGAGAGAUCUGUAAUGGCUUAGUGUAGAAUCCACUGGAAGGGUCACCUCCAGUUGACAUGCAUGCACCUUUUACACAGUAGUAUUGUACAUAGACUCAAAUGACACUGCGGUAUGAAGGCUGGACCAUUCCACGCACCACGCCUGUCAACCCUGCUUUCACUUUUCUCUUACUUGGUCUUUUACCUGUGUUACUUCAAUAGACGCCGCUCCUUUUGGCAAAAUCUGUUGGUCGGGCAAAAAAAAUGUGAUGACAAGUUACAUAUAAAUGGGCUGUUCUGUCAACAUGAUAGUGCUCACUUUGCAAUGCUGUUGUGUUCCCUUUGCUAGCAGGCAAGCUAACCAGUGGCUAUUAACUGUCACCCCAACCCCUUUCCCCUCCUCCACCGCCCCAAGAAAAACAACAGUUCCUUUGUUUAUCUCUGUUGUGUGAUGUCAGUUUUGAAUUUGAAUAGUUUACAUUCUAACAUUUUAAAUUAUUGAAGAGUUUUAUUUCUAUAUAUUUGGUGCACAUUUCACUGGCUGAAGUUAUGAAGUUUACAGGAGCAGAGGUUGAAACUGUGGUCUUCGAGUUGAACAUUUUGAAAAACAAAAAAGGGAACGUUGGGAGUGAAAGAGGCAUGGAGAGGAUUAUAGUGUUUUUAGGUGAGGCUUUCUAUGAAGCAUUCUGGAAGAAAUGUGUGACUAAGAACUUGUUGAGAUGCAAGGAAGUGUGCCACGGGGAAAAGAAUGUAUGCAAGGAAUGUUGUGGAUUUGACUUUCGGAAAGUUUCACUUUUGAGUGAAGAGAGUGAAGACUGAAAUUUCGGCUCAUAGUGAAAGCACCAGAUCGUGUCUUGGUUGUUUCAACUCUUGUGUUUGUCAUUGAGAUAAGUCAUUACCCUUGAGACUAAAUCCUCAGAAAAAUUGUAGAUGUGAAAUAGAAAGAAAAGCUGGAUACUCCCAUAAUUUUAAAAGAGUUUGUAGCAAAAAUAUGAAGCCACAGUUACAAGUGCCGCCCCAUGAGAAUGAACCGAAAUGCUUUUAUUUGGUUGUAGCCUUAAUUUGGGGUCUAAUUCAAAUGUUAAAAAUGUUUUAUUUUAACUACCAGGUAAUGGCAGGUCAGUCUUGUGCCAAAAAUGGUGUUUCUGUUAUUGGCAAAGCUUGCUGACAACAUUAAAGGUUCACUUUGGUAGUGUACGCUGCUCUGCAGAGCUGACUAAAUACUAGAGAAGGGAUAUUGUUUUCUAGCAGAUCAGGGGGGUUAUUGUAUACCUGAGUGGAGAUAACCAGCUACAACAGGUAGAUGUUCAUCUGCAAAGCUUGCUUUGGCCUUUAAAGGAACCAGAGUGUUUCAUACAGAGUGUGAGAAUAUGUGCUGCAGCAAUGUCUCUGGAGUGCACACUUACAGCCAGAUGGAUCUGUGGCUUGGCUUUCUACACAUCAAAAACAAACCGACUAGAUGCUACGAUCAUCUCCUUUAAAACCCUGAAGUUGUUCCAUUUCACUUUAUCUGCCAUGACCAAUCCCUUAACAACUCUAAACAAAGUUAUCACGUGUUUGGGGUAUUGACGUGUCUUACCGUUAUGCUCUAUUUAUUUGAAGUUCGCUGACGUAUUGUGGAAAGGUUUACGUCAAAUGCUGAAUAUGCUAUGCUCUUAGUUUAUGUUCUGAUGAUAAAAAAAAAUGGAUUUUAAAAGUGAUGCACAUCGAAAUGAUUUGUUUUUGUUUGUUAUUUGCUGUGUCAUGUGUUACGUUUACCUUAUUUACUGAUCAUUCCAGUGUCGCAUCAUGAUUUAAUAUGAUUAUUAGCAUUCCUAAGAAACAGGUUUUGAUAGAAGGAAAACAGCAACAGUGAAUUGUAGAGCUGAUAUCGAAGUCUAUACAGCUGUGUUCACAACGGUUUCACACUGUGCAUCAUUCUACAUUGUGUGUGGUCUUCAUCCUGGAAACAUGUUAUCUGAGAAAAACUGGAAUACUGUUUACUCCUUGAACAUAGGUAUAUUUGAAGCCCUUUCUCCCUCACCCUUCCUCGGCAUCAAAUACUAUCCUCUCUUUUUUUAUUUAUUGAAAACAAAAGCCUCAUGUGUGGUUGUACUGUUUUAAUUUCCAUCCAGUAUGGCCUUUGGAAACCACUAUUGACAAUAUCCCUUGAAAUUGACAAAAGAAAUAGUUCAGGCUGAGUAGUAGAAAACUUACUGUCCUUGUUUGAUCACUAGUAUGUGAACAAUGCCUAAUGUCUUGUGUAACAAAUAAAAUGAAUUAAACUAUGAAUGAAAUGAUAGAAAAAUAAAAAGCACAUGGCAAACCUGGAAAGAC